AUGAAUCAACAAUUUUAUAACUUCCUGAACAUACCAAUCACUCAAAAUCCAAAACCUGAAUUAGUUAGAGUGAGAUUAGCUAAAUAAUUUAUUGUUGCUUAAGUAUUACAUAUUUUCAAUACUUGGAAAUCAAUUCAUAAUGAUGAAUCAAUUAGUUUUGGAUUGAUUGGAUGUGGAUAAGUAGGAAAGCUGAUAAUCAAUUCAAUAAUUCCAUAUGCUAUUAAAUACUAUGAUCUAAAGCCUUAGGAUGUUCACAUAUCAACAAGAAGGCCUGAAUAAAUUUAUUAUUAUGUUACGAAAGGCUAUUAGGUAUACUUUGAUAAUGACAGAUUAUUGGAAUAAUGCAACUUUGUGGUUAUUGCUAUUCCACCAGUGAUUGAUAAUUGGAAUAUUUUGGAAUUAUAAAAUAAGAAUCCAAAGGCAUAUAUAAUUUCUUUAUUGUCGACUUUAAAAUUGCCUAGAUUGAAGUAAUUGCUUAAAUAAGAAAAUCAGUUAUAUCAUACAUAAAUUUCUUCAUAGCAACUUGAUUAAGCAAUUUUGAGCUACAUAGAAUUAAUAGAGCAAAUAAAGCCAGGAGUGUUUCAAACUUAAAUUUAGGAAGACAUUGUCAAAUUGAUUACUGAACAAAGUCACAAUCACUUUAUUGAUGGAGAGAAUAGGAUAAAGAUUUUUAUAGAAUCCUUUGGGAUUGAACUCACUGAGAGUUAAUACGUGAAAAUAUUUGGAAGAAAUAAACAGGAAUUUGAAACACAAAUGGAGAAAUUAUUCAAAAUGAGCUUCACAAAAUCUAUGCUCUAAUUUUAAAAUUUCAUCUAAAAAUGA